AUGUAUGACGACUCCUGUCUCCAUGGAUUCGAAGACUCCGAGGUGGUGAGUCUGGCAGAAGCCAGGGGCUAUUUUCAGCAGGGGAACCGCCCACUUACAAGAACCUGGCAUCGUCCUGGUUCGCUGGGUGCAGGGCUGGAUGGCAGGGGGUAAGGUGGGGUGAGCUCUGGGGCUAUUGACUAGGUAUUAGAAAGUUGGGGCAGAGGACCCAUGAGGGCGCUGGGGGAUUGUGGCUGGGGGUGGGGAAACAGUGGAGUAGGCGACUGAGCUCAGGGCACAAUCACAGAUGCCACGAGGGUUUAGCUGGGUGCCUUUGGUGGAGGAGGACCAAGGCAUGUUAAGGGUACCCCUUAGUUAUGGGGUGGUGGUAAGUUGCUUUCCUUGGCUUCUGUUUGGCUCAGCGCUGGAAGACACUUGGAGGCUUGGUCCUCUCCAAGGAGGAAAAUGGUUCUGGAUAGAUGGGGUGCUCUAAAUAUGUCCGGGUGCAAGCGGGCAGUAGGUUGGUUGCCCUGGCAUUCUAGGGAAGUGGUGUUCUUUCCCCUAACAGCUCCCCCUGCUGGUGGGUGAAUCCAGCACGUAGGAACAUGGGAAGCUUCCUUGCAUUGCUUCAUCUAGCUCAGUCUUGCCUACCCUAGCAGGCACAGGGUUUCACUCUCUCCCAAGCAUGCCUAGAGAUGCAUAUUGAGAGGCAUUGGCCGGACCCUGGCAUGGUGUUCCUUGUCAGCAGCUGGUUCUUGGGAAGGGCUUGUGCUUUCCUGAGCCAGGAGCGGCGGGAGCGAGUGCAGAGUCCCUCAGACCACGCACCUGUUUUGGGGUAGAUCCUUGGUUGGAGGUCCUCCUACAUGGCUUGGGUAAGGGGUGGAGAAAGUCUCAUGUCUCCCUUCAAGUGGGAUCCCAAAAAUAACUCCUUCCUGAAAGAGGAGGAGGUGUUUCUCUUCUGCACUUUUCCUGGCUGUUGUCACCCAGGCAUUAGAGCUCGAAAGAGGAGUUGCGGAAAUCCUGGAUGGAGAGUUUGUGGAGGGCUUUGGCUGGAUGAUGGGGGCAUAAAGGAACCUGCUUUGUACAGAGCCAGACCAUUGGGUCCACCUAGCUCAUUACUGGCUGCGCUAACUAGCAGCGAGACUCUCCAGGAAUUCAGACGGAGAUCUUCCUCUUAGCUGGAGAUGCUGAGGAUGGGACCUGGAGUCUUUUGCAUGCAAAAGAGAUGCUCUAGCCACUGGACAAUGGCCCUUCACCUAACAUGUGUAAACAAACAGGGGCAAUAAUCUAGAUAGAUGGCAAGGGAGAAGACACAUGGCUAGGAAAAUCUCCACCCAGUAGGCUAGUUCAGCAGGUCUGGAACAAGCCUCUUUGUCAACCUCUGUAGGAGCCCAUCAAUUAUAAGUCAGGUGUGGGGGCUCCCCUGUGUGAUGCCAGCACAAUUUUUAUCAUGCCCACUCCUUGGGCUUCCUGCCCACUUGGUUGGGGUUAGGCAUCCACAGCAGGCACAGCUGCUCCGCUUUGAAAUGUGUGGGUGGGUGUCGGCAGGAGGAGGUGGAUGAUCAGCUGACAUGACGGAACUGGGCUUUGGAGGGGGGAGGGGGCUGGCAUUUCCUAGUGUCUGCCUGAGCUGGGGGGGGGGGAGAGAAGAGAGACGCUGCAUGCUGUAAGUGCGAGAUGCUCACCUCUCCUCCCGCCUCCAUUUCUAGCACCUCUUACCUAAGUCAUAAAAGCACUUUUUAAAGACUGUUGCAAAGUAUUUUUUUCUUCUCAGUGUCUGUUGAUCACACUCCAUAUGCAGAGGGAGGGGAGGAGAGUGAAGGUGCAGAAUUGCGGGUGGUAGCCUAGGGCUGCGAGUUAUUAGAGGCCUUCGCACUUUCAGCAUUCUGAAUUCCUGGGAACCAGAAUCAAGUUGUGCCCAGAAAUCCUGGCUCCUGGUUCAUACCAUCUCCAAUCUUACUUCUUGGUUUAUGGGAGCUGGAUUAUUUACAUUUAUUUUUGCAGGGGCGGGGGACCAAUUUGGCUCAGUGGCAGAGCAUCUGUUUUGCAUGCAAAAGGUCGUGGGUUCAAUCCCUGGCAUCUCCAGAGAGGACUGAGAUUGUCCCCUGUCUGAAACCCUGGAGAGCCCCUGCCCAAGAGACUCUGUAUAAGGCAGCUUCCUAUGUUCCUGUGUUACACUUGUAAUCUGACUUUCUCAAGAUCAGGUUGGCAUACAUGGUUCUCCUUCCCUGCAGUGCAUCCUCACAAGAACCCUGUGAGGUGAGUUAGGCUGAGAGAGAGUGACUGAACCCAAGGUUUCCUCGUGAUCUCAAUGUGGCUGAAUAGUGAUUUGAAUGCGGGUGGCGCUGUGGGUUAAACCACAGAGCCUAGGACUUGCUGAUCAGAAGGUCAGUGGUUUGAAUCCCCACGACAGGGUGAGCUCCUGUUGCUGGGUCCCUGCUCCUGCCAACCUAGCAAUUCGAAAGCACGUCAAAGGGCAAGUAGAUAAAUAGGUACCACUCCGGCGGGAAGGUAAACGGCGUUUCCGUGCGCUGCUCUGGUUCGCCAGAAGUGGCUUAGUCAUGCUGGCCACAUGACCCGGAAGCUGUAUGCCGGCUCCCUCAGCCAAUAAAGCGAGAUGAGCGCCGCAACCCCAGAGUCGGCCACGACUGGACCUAAUGGUCAGGGGUCCCUUUACCUUUACCUAUCUCCCGUUCCAGACUGGUGCUCUUAAUGACUACACAACAUGCUAACUCUGGUUUUCAAAGGGCAAGGUAGGAAUGGGGUGGACAGCAAGGCUGAACUGGAGCUGAAUUGGCGGCAAAGGGAGAGGAGAAAGGGGGGUCCAGACAAUAGCCAGCUUUGGUCUUCAGGCUAUUCUGAAUCCUCCAGUCCUUGUAAUGGUAAUCUGAUUCAACGGUCUGGAAAGGGAGCAGAAGAUGGGCUGGUUUCUUAUUUAGCUCAUCAUCAACAAAUUUAUUGUUCAAGUUUAAAAUUCAGAAUUAAAAACAAAUUACUGUCACAAGGAUCAGGUGUGUUGUGAAAACACACAUUUCUGAUGUCGCAGGCCAGGGUGAAGAGGGGCGGACUCAGCAUUCUCUGAAAGCUGUAAAGGGAGGAGGUCAGACUGGGGGUGGGGAGGGAAUGCCACAACCUAGGGCAGGGGUAGGCAACCUAAGGCCCGUGGGCUGGAUGCUGCCCAAUCACCUUCUAAAUCCGGCCCACUGAUGGUCCGGGAAUCAGCGUGUUUUUACAUGAGUAGAAUGUGUCCUUUUAUUUAAAAUGCAUCUCUGGGUUAUUUGUGGGGCAUAGGAAUUUGUUAAUAUUUUUUUCCAAAAUAUAGUCUGGCCCACCACAUGGUCUGAGGGACGAUGGACCGGCCCACGGCUGAAAAGGGUUGCUGACCCCUGACCUAGGGGCUGUCACAGAGAAUGCCUUAUCCCAAGCCACAGACACACACCCCAAUUCCCAAGGGAGGGAGAACUACCAAGACAGUUCUCUCUGCAGACCUUAACACCUGGGAGGGUCUGUAGGGAAAGAGGAAAUCUUUCAGAUAUUUGGUGGCCUGGGUUGUUUAAGGCUCUGGUGUCUGAGAGGCAGAGUACCAGGGAUUGUCAUUGUGGCACUUUCUGUAUGUUGUUGGACUCCAACUCCCAUAAUUCCCACUAUGGGUGUUGCAGUCUGGCAGUAUCUGGAAGGCACUGCACUGGUCCUCUUCCUUCUCACCUUCUUGUGCCCUUCCUUGGUGUAGGAGUAGCAAGUUGACAGUACAAGCCCUCUCCCUUCCCAUUCUCCUUUAAAACGAGGGAUCUACGGGUGUCCCCCCCCCCCUUUGCAAAAAGGAAAGGCAGACUGAGAAGGGAGCUGGGUGAAGUGGUGGAGCUUUUCGUUGGGGAGAGGAGAGGAGAGGGAGCGAGGGACUGUUGCUCGCUGACAGCUUGGAUCUUAAGCUCUUUGGCCGAGAUUCAUCCUCCUCUCAGGGGGGGACUGUGGUUGCAGCUGUGACAACACAGAUUGGGCCAGAAAGUGCCUCUCUCUCUUCCGCCAUAGCAGAGAGGGUGACAUUUUAAGGAUUUUCCAUUUUGUGCCUCCAAGUCCAGUUCCUUUCAGCCUGUCUGGAGAAUGCCAUGUACAUAGGCGCUCAUCUUUUGGGUAUCAGUAAAGUGGGAAGCCCCUCCAAAUCUUAGGACUACAACUCCCAUCAUCCCUGACCACUGGGCCAUGCUGGCUGGGGCUGCUGGAAGCUGGAGCCCAGCAGCAUUGGCUUGAGCGGGGCACAAGCUGCCCACCCCUUGCUCUCUUAGGCAACAGUUCUCAAAACUGUUGGAUCACUUCAUAAACUUUCUCCCCAUUCAGCCUCUGCUUCAGAACCAGUGCUGCUUUAUACAAAUUGUUUGGCCUAGGCCAGAUUGUUGAGGAGGGCCACUUUUAUGGGUCAGUUUUAAGGGGCGAAAUCCAUUGUGAAGAAACACAAUAAAAAUAAAAAUAAUUAUUCAUACCCCGCCCUCCCCGACCGAGACUGGGCUCAGGGUGGCUAACACCAAAUAUAUAAAGUACACUGAAAAAACAAAAUCAAAUGAUUAGUUUAAAAUACAAUUCAAAUCGUAUUUAAAAUCAAAAUAAAAUUAAGUGGGAACCCAUGAAUCAUAACCGUAGGGGUAAAGAAUUAAAAGUUCAUCAGGCCCGCUCACCCAUGCUGGUCCCAUAGGGUCAGACUGGGCCCGGACCAAGGGCCUGGCGGAACAGCUCUGUCUUGCAGGCCCUGCGGAAAGAAUCCCACAGGGCCCUGGUCUCUGGUGACAGAGCUUUCCACCAGACUGGGGCCAGGGCUGGAAAGGCUCUGGCUCUGGUCGAGGCCAGUAGAGAGAUUUGUGAUUGUUUUGCAAUAUUUUUGUGGACUGCCUGAAUGGAGCUUGCAGGUCACCAGAGAUCCAUGGAUCCCAAUUUCAGAGCCUCCGCUCUAAGGCUUACUUUGGGCAAGGACUCCAGAGUAGGGGAUCUUAAGGUAGUGGUGAAUGAAGGAGACACGUUUCUUAGCCACAUGCAAUGUGCCUUUCUCUCGCCACUGAUUAAAAUAUACGCUUUGGAUGCAUUUGACCCAACAUUAGGAUGACUGGCAUCCAGGGCAACGGGCAAGAAUUCUGACUAGGAUCUAGCACAGCUGUUUUGUUUCGCUUUAGCUGUGAUUGAUGAAGCACAAAAUAUCACCCUGCUGUUUCUAGACUCUAGAGCAGUGGUUCUCAACCUGUGGGUCCCCAGAUGUUGUUGAACUACAACUCCCAUCACCCCUAGCUAGCAAGGCCAGAGCUCAGGGAUGAUGGGAGUUGUAGUCCAACAACAUCUGGGGACCCACAGGUUGAGAACCGCUGCUCUAGAGUCACUCCUCUCCCUCUGGUAUUCCAUCCUGUCCUUUCCCAGGCCAAUGUAGAGGUUCAGAUAUCAGGAGAAUGGAGGCUUGUUUCUCUACGCCUUGGGUUGUGUUCAACUAAGUUUUCCUCAGAGUACUGUACUAGAAAUUAAUGGACCCAACUUUUUCAUGGUUAUUAAUUUCAGUGAGUCUUACUGAAUGUGAAUCGAAACAUAAUAGAUGUUUUUCAUGUCUUGUUUCACUCCCCCCCACUCCCUCUCCUUUCCCAGGCAGUCAGAGUUUCAUAAAGCAACCUUUGCACAAGGAUAGGGAAUUUGUGGCCCUCUGGGUUGCUUUGGACUACAGUUCCCAUCAUCUCUGACCCUUGUCUGUGCUGGCAGGGGUUGAUGGGAGUUGUAGUCCAGCAACAUUUGGAGGACCCGGCUUUACAAGGUCCAUUUUCUUUGGAGGAGAGAGCAUUGGAGGAGAGAGCAUUGGAGACUUAACAGCCUCUUCAUCAUGCUGCAUUUAUGCACGGAUAGGCUGAGCAAGCAUUAUAAAGCACACAGGCAGAUAAAAGUCCCAAAGGAAACAUCGACACACUAGAAGCCCAAAAAGUAUUCCUUGAAUACCUUUACAAAUUGUUGGUUUUUAAGCUGUCCAGGCACAUGGCACAUGCAAAUGUAUGUGGCAAUUUCCUGAGUUUUUAAAUAAAUGAAAUGAGGUUUGGGGAAGCUGCAGUUUUGUGGGGGAGAACAGCAGCAGGAGGGGCUGAUUAACCCUUUCAUCACCAGUCAUUUUCCUGCUCAAAAUCAUGCCCCCCAGGAGUAAAGGGGAACAUGGGGAACAGCUUAAGCAGCCCCUCACCACUGUUUCUGCAACUCAAAAGUGGAGAUGAUGAUGAUGAUGAUGAUGAUAAUAAUAAUAAUAAUAAUAAUAAUAAUAAUAUUGUUAUUUAUACCCCACCCAUCUGGCUGGGUUUCCCCAGCCACUCUGCGUGGCUUACAGCAUAUCUAAGAACAUAAUAAAACACCUUCUAAAAGGUGUGUAAUUGUUUAUCUCCUUGACAUCUGAAGGGAGGAUGUUCCACAGGGAGGGCGCUACUGCCGAGAAGGCCCUCUGCCUGGUUCCCUGUAACUUCACUUCUUGCAGUGAUGUAACCAGCAGAAGACCCUUGAAGAAGGACCUCAGUGUCUGAGCUAAGCGAUGAGGGUGGAGAAGCUCCUUCAGGUAUACCUGAAGCUGCUUUAAUUUAGUGAAGCAGAACAGAAGCUCUGAGGGCUCCAUCAUAUCCAUUUGCACACAACUGUGCAUUUGCUGCUCAGGCAGUCCUAGUUUGAAGCGCCCCCCCUUACUGGAGACUGAAAAUCACAUUCUGGAUGCUUGGAACAGCAAUUACAGUGUCCUAUUAUCACUGAUCUGAUGCCAGUGCAAAAUGGGGCUUUGAAUCUGAAACUCCUUCAGCUCGUGAUAAUCUCUUAUGGGCUUCAGAGUGGGUACACAGACCACAGCUUUGGAGUCUUCCUGUAGCCCAAAAUGUUCUGUGUCAGGGUGGAUGAAACGCAAGAAGAAGAGCAGGUUGUAAUAACCCCUUUUCGCUAGCAGUAGCAUCUGAUCACUUUGGACUUUCUGCUCUCUUUGUUAAAUCUGAAAGGGUGCAUUUACAGCUUUUGUUCCUGCUGCCAUGGCCCGCUUUUGUUAACCGAGCUAGCUGAUGCAAAUUUGCUAUGCACUCUGUUCCCUCAUUCGCUUCUGGAGCUCCUCUUGCUUAGCAGUGUAUCCCAGUAGCAUCACAACAAGCUGCCAUAUGUAUCCCUGCUCCCCACUAGUCAGCUCUUCUAGACGUCCUUGAUGGGCCCCAUCACAUCCUUGUCUUUGAACAAGUCUUGCCCAGAUCUCUCCUCUGGAUGUUCAAAUGCUGUUUACCUUUUCCCGCCUCACCUUUGGAAACUGGCCCACUCCCUGCUUCAUUUUAUUCAUUGCACUUAUGUUCCACCUUUCUUCCAGAGUGGAUCUCAAGAUGGCAUAAGUGGGGCUCCUAGAUGGUCUCAUAGAAUCAUAGAGUUGGAAGAGACCCCAAACGGCAUCUAGUCCAAUCCCUGCAAUGCAGCUAUCCUGCCCACAACUAUCUCUGGGUGGCCUUGAACCACCAACCUUCUGGUUAACCAGACUCACUGGCCCACUGUGCGUGUCCAGCUCCAGGUUUGCUUAGCUUCACUGUGAGGUUGCUGCAUCACGUGGCUUUAGACCAACAGCGGAGAGAUGGUGUUGGACUACAAUUCCCUUCAUCCCUGACCAUUGGCCAAGCCGGUUGGGGCUGAUGGGAACUGAGGUCCAGCAAUUUCUGGAGGACCACAGAGUUUGCCACACCCUUGCCUUGCUUUGCUUGAGUUGUGCCAGUGAAUGGCAAAGGUAUGAGUUCCAGGUAUAACUGGGAAGGGAAAAGGUAUUUCCAUCUCUUGAUGCCCCAGAUGCAAUGCUAGACCUCAUUCCUUGCAAAGGAUUCCAUCUAGUGAUAAAGCGAGCCCUGUAAAACACGCUGAAUCCUCUAAAUUACCGUACCUGCUUUGGGAAAGGGACAUGAAAGGGCUUAAUUUGAGUCAGGGUUUAGGCCUAAAACUAUUUUUGAAUACAGUAUAAUAAUAUUGUCUUGGGACAUGUAAUAAAAAAGACAGGGAAAUCCAUAACAUUAACCAGUCUUCUUAAAAGUAAGGAAAUAACAAUAAUGGUUUAAUAAGUGCUAGAUUACUGGGGGUUUGCUCAUGAGUUUUUGAAAUGAGCAGUGUCUGGCACCAGUCUGACAGUCAUUGUAAAUAUGCUGUAGAUGCUUGAAUUUGAACCUGUAUUGAGAAAUCAAAAUGCAUUUAUUAUACUGUACUAGCAGAAGGUGACAUAUCAAUAUGGUAUGCAUUUGACAUUUCAUUUAUUUUAUUUUAUUUAACAAAAUUAUACACUGCCUUAUUGUAAGAAAAUGUUGAAGUGGUUUACAAAAAUAUAAAAUAAAGCAUGACAAUUUGAGUUAAACACAGGUAUUUAAAAAAAUUCAAAAGAUGGUUAAAUCCAACAAUACAGUGGUACCUCGGGUUAAGUGCUUAAUUCGUUCCGGAGGUCUGUACUUAACCUGAAACUGUUCUUAACCUGAAGCACCGCUUUAGCUAAUGGGGCCUCCUGCUGCUGCCACGCCGCCGGAGCACGAUUUCUGUUCUCAUUCUGAAGCAAAGUUCUUAACCUGAAGCACUAUUUCUGGGUUAGCGGAGUCUGUAAACUGAAGCGUAUGUAACCUGAAGCAUAUGUAACCCAAGGUACCACUGUAAUGAAAAAGAAAUAAAACACAUGUAACUUUUACAUGUUUGGAUAGGCUUACCUAAACAAAAUACGUUUUAAGCAGGUGCUGAAAAGUGAAGGCACUUGCCUGGUGUCAAUAGGCAGGGAGUUCCAGGUUGCAGGUGCUGCCACACUAAAAGAUGGAUUUCUUACAAGUGCAGAACAAUGCCAGUUCUGUGGAUUGAAGCUGUCAAAGCAUUUGCAUUUAAUUUGGUGUUUAUUUAUUUAUUUAAAGCCUUUUUACCCUGAUAUUCAGCUGAAAAGGUCCCUAGAGCAAUAAAAAAAUAACACUGUGUUAUUAGGCAAAUAAUCUGAAACACACGACACAAAAGGAAAAGGGGAGGGAGAGGGAGGAUGAAAAAAGCAGACUCAGUCACCAGUUCUGAAAGUUACUCGUAGGAAGCAAGAAUAUGAAAGAGGCUCUCAAAAACCUUGUGCUAUCUCUCUCUCUCCCCGCCCCCCAUUUAAACUGGCCAACUGUACACAAGAAACAUAAUCCAAAAUGUAGCUGACCUGAAUGUACUUCAGAAAACCCAUCUAAAUUACUGAUUUCCAUUUCUUCUCUUCAUCAGCACUCUCCCAUGUUAAUUUAACAUUGUUUCCCAGUCUGGUGCUGAGUUUCCUGCUUAGCCACGUAGAGCACUUUCGAGUGUUUUAAAGUGCUUCACAUCCCAGUGCACAACAACCUUGUAAGGUAGGCCAGGAUUACUAUCCCCAUGACCUAAAGCCGACAGGAAGAGGCUUGCCUUCGGCCACCGAGUGAAUUCACAGCAGAGGUGAAAUUUGAACUUGGCACAACUGGAGUUGUAAGUCAGCCUUUUGUCCUUGCACCACACCGUUUUGUUGUUAUUUAGUCGUUUAGUCGUGUCCGACUCUUCGUGACCCCCUGGACCAGAGCACGCCAGGCACUCCUGUCUUCCACUGCCUCCCACAGUUUGGUCAAACUCAUGUUAGUAGCUUCGAGAACACUGUCCAACCAUCUCAUCCUCUGUCGUCCCCUUCUCCUUGUGCCCUCCAUCUUUCCCAACAUCAGGGUCUUUUCCAGGGAGUCUUCUCUUCUCGUGAGGUGGCCAAAGUCUUGGAGUCUCAGCUUCAGGAUCUGUCCUUCCAGUGAGCACUCAGGGCUGAUUUCCUUAAGAAUAGAGAGGUUUGAUCUUCUUGCAGUCCAUGGGACUCUCAAGAGUCUCCUCCAGCACCAGAAUUCAAAAGCAUCAAUUCUUCGGCCAUCAGCCUUCUUUAUGGUCCAGCUCUCACUUCCAUACAUCACUAACCACACCAUUAUUCUCAAGCAAAUGAAAACCCAUUCCAAAGUAGGGGCUGGGGUGGAAGAAGAGCGCCAACACGCAUGUGCAAAAUGUCAAAUGCCUUUUCACCCCCCCCCCUUUGGCUUUUUGGGGAAAGAUUUCAAGGCAGAUGCGUGUGUCCUUUUGUCAAUUAACCUUGGGAAACGAAGCCCCUUUGGAUCCCCCUGUGCUUCGCAGGCCCGAUUCCCCUCCCCAGUUUAUCUACAUCGCAGGCGGUUCACUGCAACGCGAAGCUCGGGAACAGGAAGGGCAUCGAGGAUGCGCGAAGAAGCAUCUUCUCUCUCACCCACGCGCGCCUUUCCAGACUCCCGCGUUGCGGAAGAGCCGUGGGCCGCCGAGCUCCAGCCAGCAGAAACGCACGCGUCCUACACGUGUGGGGCGGGCAGGAGAGGAGAGGGUCUGAAGGCUGAACACGGGGGCCGGAGGCGGGGGCGCCUAGACGCAAAGGCUCCUUUCCCGUUUGCACCAGAGACCCCCACUUCCACGCGAGAUCUAAGCUCCGUCGCGGGCCCCUCUUGCGCGCGGCUUCUGCCACGUGCCUCUUGGGCCGUGUGGACGCGCGACGGGGGACACACGCCUGGUGGUGGCAGCUCCCUGUGGAAUCUACAGGCAGAGACACGCGUGGGCGAUUGGUGCGCAUCCUUUAACGAAGGGGUUGGGCGCGCAGCAGCAGCUCUGAGCCAGCCAGCGCGGCGUGUUUUUAAAGCGGUGCCCCACUCCUCCUCCAUCGCCCUAGCCCGUGCCCGGCUUCGCUCCUUCUCCUGCGUUCACACAGGCCCUCGUGCUGCCACCUCCCCGUGGCGUUGCGCGUUGCCGUGGUGCUAGCUCCCAAUUGCCUUCUCCCUCUCCGCCUCCCUCUGUCGCUCCUUCCCCAGGGAGGGACGCCACCUUCCCCGAAGUCGAGACGAGGGAAGAUCGGAGGCUCCUGAUCUGCCCCUGCGCUGGUUCAGCAUGGCGGUUUUUCCCUGGCAUUUUUGGUGCCACGCUGUUGGGCGUGGGAAGGGAGGGCAGAGAAAAUGGCUUCCGGGAGAGGUGAGGGGGUACCCAUCCUCCUCCUCCUCCCACUGGAAUCUUAGAGAGUCACACUUAGGUGUUCAUGUUGUUGUUGUUUAGUCGUUUAGUCAUGUCCGACUCUUCGUGACCCCCUGGACCAGAGCACGCCAGGCACUCCUGUCUUCCACUGCCUCCCACAGUUUGGUCAGACUCAUGUUUGUAGAGAACACUGUCCAACCAUCUCGUCCUCCAUCGUCCCCUUCUCCUUGUGCCCUCCAUCUUUCCCAACAUCAGGGUCUUUUCCAGGGAGUCUUCUCUUCUCAUGAGGUGGCCAAAGUCUUGGAGCCUCAGCUUCAGGAUCUGUCCUUCCAGUGAGCACUCAGGGCUGAUUUCCUUCAGAAUGGAGAGGUUUGAUCUUCUUGCAGUCCAUGGGACUCUCCAGAGUCUCCUCCAGCACCAGAAUUCAAAAGCAUCAAUUCUUCAGCGAUCAGCCUUCUUUAUGGUCCAGCUCUCACUUCCAUACUUCACUACUGGGAAAACCAUAGCUUUAACUAUGGAAUUGCAGAGUUGGAAGGACCUCCAAGAGUCAUCUAUUCCACCCCCUGCAAUGCAUGGAUCCUGCCCCCAGCCAUCCCUGGGUGGGCUCGAACCACCAGCCUUCUGGUUUACAGCCAGACACACUGACUCAUUGCGUAUUUUACAAUAUUGUAAAAUACCAAAAUAAUAAAUACACAUUUUAUGUGUGUAAGGCAGGGGUCAGCAACCUUUUUCAGCCGUGGGCCGGUCCACUGUCCCUCAGUCCUUGUGGGGGGCUGGACUAAAUUUUGGAAGAAGAAAAAAGAACGAAUUCCUAUGCCCCACAAAUAACCCAGAGAUGCAUUUUAAAUAAAAGCACACAUUCUGCCCAUGUAAAAACAUGCUGAUUCCCGGACCAUCCGUGGGCCGGACUGAGAAGGCGAUUGGGCCGGAUCCGGUCCAUGUACCUUAGGUUGCCUACCCCUGGUGUAAGGUAUCCUUCUGGAAGCAGUUGGCGCCAAAACCUGGCAUAGGCUGCUGCUAUGUUUUCCUUGCAGCUUAGGUUGCAGCCCUAGUUUCACUUUCCUGGGAGUAAGCCCUAUUGAAUUCGACAGGGUUUGCUUCUGAGUAGACAUGCCUACUAUUAAUCUGUGAAAACUGAAGCGGAAGGGGGAUUAAAAGUGCAAACCCCACGGAUGAACUACCUCUUUUCUUUUAAAGUUAAUGGGGGAGGCGGCCAGGACUUUCAGAUUCCCAUUUUUUAAGGGAGGGGGAAUUUCUGCAUCUCUUACAUUGCUGGGCAGAAAGGAGAAUUUUGGGAAAUGGAGCUUCACUUAUUAGAAGCUUCCCUGCUUGUGUCACAACUCCCCCUUCUCCGGUGCAACUGUGACAUCACACACACACACACACACACACACACCACAUUUAAUGUAGCAGAGGGUGGUGGGGACUUGAGAGAGGUUUGGUCUAGUCAAGUGAUGGGGAACCUUGAGUCCAACAGCAAUUGGACGGCCCCAGGUUUCCUACACUGAUGUAGCCCUUUGAACUGUGCUGAUGAGACCUUCUUGGAAUCUUUCAGAGUCGCCAACUGAUCCAUCUUUUUAUACCCAGAGCUGAUGCUCCACUUAUGGCCCACCUUACAGGGCUGUUGUGGAGGAUUGCUGGCAUAAUGUACACAAACUGUUGGGACAUUUCAAAUACGCAGUAUUAAUAAUAAUUUAUUAUUUGUACCCCGCCCAUCUGGCUGGGUUUCUCCAGCCACUCUGGGCGGCUUCCAACAAAGAUUAAAAAUACAUUAAAAUGUCACACAUUCAAAGCUUCCCUAAACAGGGCUGCCUUCAGAUGUCUUCUAAAUGUUAGAUACGUAGUUGUUUAUCUCUUUGACAUCUGGUGGGAGGGCGUUCCACAGGGCGGGUGCCACUACCGAGAAGGCCCUCUGCCUGGUUCCCUGUAGCUUUGCUUCUCACAGCGAGGGAACCGCCAAAAGGCCCUCAGCGCUGGAACUCGGUGUCUGGGCAGAACAAUGGGGGUGGAGAUGCUCCUUCAGGUAUACUGGGCAUUAAUAAUGGUGGCGGCUGUUUUUGACUUCUAAUAGGAUGGCAUUCCCAGAUGCUUCCCUAGUGACAUUGCUGUCGGUGUGUCACUUGUUAGACAGACUGAGAAACCCCAUCUCCACCUUUAAAGACAAAGCAGUCAGGUUGUCAGUGGCCGCCCAGGUCGCAUCCUCAUCCCUUCUUUACCUGAACCCCCUCUGUUUUCCUUCUCUGAAUUCCCACCUUGCUUAGAUUGUAAGCUGUUUGGCGGGAUGGUGGGGCAGCAACACCUCCGGCAGCCUUUUCUUGUUCAGUAUUGUAUGCACAGAAUUUGUUAAGCUGAUAUAGGCAGGCCCCUUCCCUCAAGGAAUUUGCGCGUGAAAACCAGCCAAGGAGAAGAUAAGACAAGGCAGAGAGAAGUGGGAGCAAGGAAGGGAUGUGGGCAAAGGCAACUGAUGUGAUUGAAGCUAGAAAUGGGGACUCAUCUGGGUUUCCUAAGGGGAAAGUAGGAUUUGAGGAGGGAUUUGAAGGAAGGAAGAUAAAAUAUAUGGUAUGAAGUGCAGUGGAGAAAUGGGAAAGGAGAGCUUGGCUGCCAUAGGAAUAAGAUUUUAGGCAAACCAAUAAAUACCAACAGCACCAAUGAUAUAAUUUAGCAUUUAUGUAGCAUGUGUCUGGUUUCUAAGGGCUUCUCUGAGAAAUUCUUACAAUAACAGCCCUGUAGGGGAUGCCAGUAUUAUUGUCCUCAUAUUGCAGAUGGGGGGGGGGGGAGCAGGUUUCACCGGUCUUGAGGGUGCUAGGUUGGCAAAAGCUGACUUAGUGAAUAUGUGACUGAGGAGAGAAGGGCCUGAGGAAUGAGGGACUUUUGCCAUCUUUUUGUGGUGGGCCCUGCUCCUGUACCUUUAAGGACAGUCGGAUACCCAAACAUGUAGAGUUGGUGGUUUCCUGGGAUCAAGGUGCAUGGUGGGAAAAGGUUCACCUAUUGAGUUGGACGGGACCUCUGAGGGUCAUCUGGUCCAACCAUCUGCAAUGAAGGAAUCUUUGGCUCAACCUGGGGCUCGGACCCACGAUCCUGAGAUUAAGAGUCUCAUGCUCUACUGACUGAGCUAUCACAGCAGUUCUUGUGAACGUAUAGGAGCAGUCCUGGUGCAAAGUAAACAACACAGCUGCCACCCGGACCACUGAGCUAUUCUAUACUAGAACAGAACUUGCUCUGACUUUGGGACGUAGGAAACAGCCUUAUGCUGAGAAAGACCACUAUUCCACCAACUCAGUACUGCACUGACUGGCAGUGGCUCUUUAAGAUGUCACCAGGGUUAUCUGCCAUCCCUACUUGGAGAUGAUGGGAUUGAACCCACAAAGCAGAUGCUCUACUACUUCCCCUUAUAUGCUCCAGCUUUCCCUAUUUACUUGUCCCUGGUACCUUGGCUGCCUGCAUUUUGCCUUUGGGGAGAUUUGGGGAUCUAAAGAAAUUCCCCACAAGCCAUGUUCGGGUUCUUGCACAGUGCACAAGCUUCCUUUGCACCUCAGCCAUGCUGCGAACAUUUCCUUGAAUGCAUCUGAGUUGCAGCUGUUCCACAAGUCUGACUAUAUAUCUUGUGAAAAUAAAUGCUAUAAAAUAUUGUUUAGGUUGCUGUUUUAAAAAAGGAGAUUUUUAAUUUUUUUUGGCUUUACUAAUAAGCUUUCAUCCAAAACCAGCACAAAGCAGGUGAUUGCACAGGAAAUAAAUAUAGCAUACAGCUAAGAGCCUUCAGCAGUGUAUAAUAGUGUGUGUGUAUUGGGGUGUGGGGAAGCGGGUAGCCUUCUGGCAGUGAUUUUUAGUUCAAAGACAAGGGUGCUGUAAUUAUACACGAGUGUCCUCUUUUUCCGGAGAGCUGUUGGAGGGUAUCUAAUUUGAAUAUUAAGGCUGCAGUCUUAUAUACUUCUGAGGAAAUGUUAGCUGAGGAACAAGCUUUAAGAAUUCUGAUUUAACAUCUCCACCAUUGGUGUUGUAAAGCAGCUCCCAAUCGUACCUGCCUUCCUCCAGCCUGCUACUUUCCAGAUCUUUUGGACUAUGACUCCCAUCAGCCCCACUGUUUGAUCCUGGAGCUGAUGGGGUCACGGCCGCGCUGGCUGGGGCUGAUGGAGUCCUAGUCCAAAACAUCUGCUGGGCAUCAUUUUGGCGAAGGCUGGACUAUAGGCUAUAUUACACCUUGAACAGAAUAGUGCCUUAAGGCACUAUAGUUUAGCACUAUAGUUUCCGAUAUGGCUGGUCCAUUGUAUUGACCCUGCCAGGGAAACCUCAAACAUCACAGGGGUGGGGGAGAGGUUAAUACGUUUUUUAUCCUCUCUUUCUUCCAUCAUGGAAUUGGAGGACAGAUGCAUGUGGUUUCCCAUCUGGUCUCCCAUCCAGCCACACAUCAGAUCCACCCCUGCCGAGCUUAGCAACUUGCAAGGCUCUCAGCCUAAAAGUGCGUGGAGUCCAAAUGCACAGGUUAUCAGAAUUCAGCGUGAAACUGUGCGGCUGAGGUACCUCUCCUUUCAGCGGCCAUUACAGAAAGAAAAGUCCCAUCUGGGAGAGAAGCUCUGGCAGGCCUCCUCAAAUCAGGCUGCAUCCUGACUUCCAGUAUGGCCAAAACCCUCACCUCACUCGAGCUUUGAACCUUCUCCUCAGGGCUCCGCUGAUUCGUACACCAGCCGCCCAUCGCUGGACUCCGACGUGUCGCUCGAGGAGGAGCGCGAGGGGGUGAAGCGCCAAGUGGAGAACCAGGCUCAGCAGCAACUCGAGAAAGCCAAGGUACUGGCAGGGGAGGGUACGCCAGCCUUGGUUUCAGCUAAGCAGAUGUUGGGUGAGGACCUCUUUGUCCAUGAAACAGCUUCCCUUGGUCCCCAGCAGCUCUGAAUGCAGAGAGGCAACCUGUGGCCUCCCAUAUAUUUUGGUACCACAAGUCCCAUCGUCUCCAACCACUGGCCAUGCCGGCUGGGACUGAUGGGAGUGGGAGUCCAAGACAACAUCUGAGGAGCCAUAGAUUCCCCAGCCCUGCCCUGGGCCAGGAGGGGUGGACUGUAAGGAGCAGAAAAUAAUCUUUAAGUUUUAUGUAAACAUCAUACUGCUUUCUCAUGAACAUUCUGGAAAGGACUAGUGCAUUUCCAAUCUGCCUUCAGAAUAACGGCGCCUCAGCCCUCCCCCAAACAGUGACCUCAAAAAGAUCCAUGAUGACGGGGGUGGGCUGCUCUUCAACGACUUCUUGGUGGCCCCACAUCUGCCCUUCAUUUUGGCUUCUGAAGACCACAGAGAGCAGGGGAGCGAGCAAUUUUUGGCCUUUUGCUCACUGGUUUCCAUGACUGCGGUUUCUUCUCCUUUCUGUAGAUUACAAUUGAUGUAAUCCUCACCCGUGUGUUCCAAAGGCAUCAUACACAACACACACAAGCCAAUGGGGUGGUAUUUAUUAGUGAAUAAAAGAGAAACGGGCUACAAUCCAGUAUGGGAGGGAGCACAUCUGGGCUGCCCUGCGUGUUCUGUUGCUGCAGCUAAUGACUACACUAAGGGCCAGGCUAGAUAUUACAAAGCAGAUUCAGACAAUAGUUUCCUGAUCGUGGUUGUUGUGUAUUUUUUUAACAAAUAAAAAGCACUGUGUGAGGCUGUGGGUUUGAUCUGAGGAGUGGGGGAGGGAGGGGUUGCUUUGGCCUUCCUACUCCUGCCAUUCUCUUGCUCAAAUUUGCUUCCCACAACUGUUUUUGUCACUUGCGCGAAGGAAGCAUGGGAGUCUGAAGACUGUUAAAUGUAAUACUGGAUUUGGCCUCAUAAAUCACUUUUCUAUACAAUCCAUAUUACAUUAGUUGUGAUACAUGUAUGAUAUCAUGGCAGUAUAAGUUGCCCUCGGUUCAAGUCUUGCUGCAGCCAGGAACUCACUGUGGGAAUGUUCAGGGAGGCAGGAGAGGAUAUAUUGUUUGAUUAUAUCCUUCCCAACUUGUGUUAACAAGUUCUACAAUUUAGCAGAGUAACAUUCCCCUUUUAAACUUUCACAGUGGAUAGGUUUGCCUGGCUUGUAUAAGCCUCUAAAAUAAGUUUCCUGGUAAUUCCCCUUUAUUCCCGCUUAAAAAGAAUAGAUACGACACAGUCCUGUAUAAAAAUAUAAAAGAGUUUACUCACACGUUCUGUUCACAGAUGGAUCCCAGAAGUCAGACUUAAGUUACAAGAUAUAUACACGUGGAAUCUAUCCCAUAAGGAGAUAGUUCCUUUGUCCUCUCUUGUCUGGAAGCCAAGAGGGCAUCUCAGGCUAAGGAGAUGUUGCUUCUUUGAGAAAUGGAGUCAGAGAGAGAGAUGGCUGCAUCCCCUGUGCUAUUUUGUUACCUGCACAGGUGAGGUCACGCCUACCUCUGGUCACAUGUAGAGGAAGUUUGUCCCAGCCCAGGAGGAAACAGGAAGUUCCGACUGGCUGGUCCAGACAUCCCCCUUUUUAUGUCCACUCUAGGAAUGCUGUAUUUGACUGCUCUGUGUUUCACACCCCACACUCAUGAGACAACCCCCUCUCCUUAAGUUCCCCUUACCUGCAAUGUGUGAAUCUACUUUAUAGGGCUGUUGCCAGGAUUGCAUAUAAAGUGUUUUAAACACCUACAAGAAGAGAGACCAUCAGUGGGCUCUCUAACCAGCGGGAGCAGGUGUGUGUAAAUGUACAGAGUGAGUGAGCAUCAGUCCUUUCCUCAGAUGACUCCAACAGCAAGUCAAACCUUGUUCAGUCUAGAGAAUUUUCUAGAGAACUAACAAACCUCAUUAAGGGGAACUUUUCCUUGUCUAGCUUCCUCAGUGGAGGACUCCAUGGUCCUUGGCCCUUGCCCCAUCAACUGCCCUCGCUACCCUUUGGAACUGGGCAUAAUCCCGAGAGUGACGGAUCCUGCACAUUUGUUCUUGAGAGGGAAGUGACGAGGUCCCAUCUGACCUGGCGCUGACAGGCUCCCUCUCUGAUUUCUUUUCCUCCUCAGAACAAGCCGGUCGCAUUUGCUGUUCGUACCAAUGUCAGCUACUGUGGGACGCUGGAUGAGGAAUGUCCUGUGCGUGACUCUGCCAUCAACUUUGAAGCCAAAGACUUCUUGCACAUCAAAGAGGUGGGGCCUGGGUGGAGAUGGGGAUGGGGAGAAGAGUUGUCAGCAACAGCUUGCAGUUGUAGUACCUCUUUUUCCUGGAGGUACGAGGCUGAAUCGGGGGAGAUUCAGGGCAGACAAAAUCAGUACUGUUCACACAGAGCAUAGCUAAACAAUGGAAUUUGCUGCCAGGAGAUGUAGUGAUGGCUGUCAAAAAGGACAGCUUUAAAAAGGAAUUUGACAAAUUCAUGGAGCAUAAUGGCUACUAGUCUUGAUGAUUGUGUACUAGCGCCAAAAUCAGAGUUGACAUAGCCCCUGUGGAAAACAGGAUACUGGACCAGAUGGGCCAAAUUUACCGGUAGAUUGGAUAUUAUUGAAUUUAGUGCUGUUUUUGCUGGCAUCUAUCUGACUUGGGAGGGACGCAGGUGGCGCUGUGGGUAAAACCUCAGCACCUAGGACUUGCCGAUCACAUGGUUGGCGGUUCGAAUCCCCGCGGCGGGGUGCGCUCCCGUCGUUCGGUCCCAGCGUCUGCCAACCUAGCAGUUCGAAAGCACCCCCGGGACCGCUUACUAGCGGGAAGGUAAACGGCGUUCCGUGUGCUGCGCUGGCUCGCCAGAUGCAGCUUGUCAUGCUGGCCAUGUGACCCGGAAGUGUCUGCGGACAGCGCUGGCUCUUGGCCUCUAGAGUGAGAUGAGCGCACAACCCUAGAGUCUGGCAAGACUGGCCCGUACGGGCAGGGGUACCUUUACCUUUUUAUCUGACUUGGGAGACAAUGGAGUGAGCCUCUGGGGGGCGAAGUUAAUAGCACCGAAGUGACCUCCCUGGUGCAUAUGGUGGUGUAUGGUGGUCCUGGGCUGCACAGAUGACAAGGACCGCCCCCUCCCCAAUGUCGUCCAAACACAAAGCAAAGCAAGACAUUCGGCACCAGCUUGGCAGAAGGAGGCUCACAAGGCGCCACCCAACCAUUUUAGGAACUUCACUCUGGAUUUGUGUAGGGUACCAUUCUUCUUCUUCCAGAGAUAUCCCCCAAGGCAGCGAAGGUUUAAUUUCAGUUUUCCUUCUCCUAGAUAGGAUGCCUUUCCAGGUGAAUGAGCCCCAUCUGCUCCUCACUUUCUCUACAGUGCUAGCUUCUCAUCUAUUAAAUCCUGCCGAUUCUCUGAUUGCUAUAUCCAGUGGUUCUUCUAUCUGAUAUGUGACUUGAAAUCUGGCCAUAGCCUUCUGGUACUGAAGGGUCAGAUCUUUAGCUACUGCAAGAUUUAUAGAUGUUGGCUUGGUUUUUGGUUUUUUAAAAUUAACAUAUUGUUACUCAUCUUGAGGAUUCAAAAAUAGUAAAAAAUAUUUAAGUUCUAAUGUCAGUUGUUUACAUGAGUAGUUUAAUAAGUGAGAGAUACUUCUCAUUCCCUCCCUCUUUUUCUAUACAGUGGUACCUCGGGUUACAGACGCUUCAGGUUACAUACGCUUCAGGUUACAGACUCCGCUAACCCAGAAAUAUUACCUCGGGUUAAGAACUUUGCUUCAGGAUGAGAACAGAAAUCGUCCUCUGGCGGUGCGGCGGCAGCAGCAGGCCCCAUUAGCUAAAGUGGUGCUUCAGGUUAAGAACAGUUUCAGGUUAAGAACAGACCUCCAGAACGAAUUAAGUUCUUAACCCGAGGUACCACUGUAUAUGGUAGGAAGGUGUCUUUAAAGGGUCUAUGACCCUACAGCAGCGGCGUAGCGUGGGUUGUCAGCACCCGGGGCAAGGCAAGUAAUUUGCGCCCCCUAACCCCUAACCUGCCGCCGCUGCCAGCUUCUUCUUGCUGCUGCCUGGUCUGGUCUGGUGUGGUUCUCUCCCGCGCUCAGCGCUGCGCUGGGCGGCCGCUGCACUGUCCCUCCCCCAGAUAGUCCCUCGCUCUCUCUCCGCACCGCACGCCUGGCACCCACCACCUCCACAGUGGGCGGCGACCCAGCGGCUCGGAUCGGAUUCGCACAGCCAGCACUGCAGUGAGAGAGAGUGAGUGAGCCAGGUAGGGGCAGAGAGCUGCGAGUGCGAGCGCGCCCCCCCCCAGAUGUUGCACCCGGUGCGGCCGGCCCCCCCUGCACCCCCCACGCUACGCCACUGCCCUCCAGAUCUGUGAAGCCUUAAGUAUAAUUCUUGGCUCUCUACCAUGAUGUCUCUGCAGAAGUACAGCAAUGACUGGUGGAUCGGGCGGCUAGUGAAGGAGGGGGGAGACAUCGCUUUCAUCCCCAGCCCACAGCGGCUGGAGGCCAUUCGGCUGAAGCAGGAGCAGAAAGCCAGGUAAGAGGGUCUUCAGUGGGUGGGGUGGCACAUACCUCUGGCUCAGUCAGGCACACCAGCAACAGUAAGGGGUGUGAUGCUUUUCUGUGGUGGGAGGCAAGUUGUAAAACUGGCAGUAGUACUGUGUACCUCCCCCCCCCCCAUCUAAGUUCUUUGGUAGCUAAACUCAAACCACUGUGUGAUACUGUGCAUGGUUUUUAAUAUACCGUAUUUUCCACUCUAUAAGACGCACCAGACCACAAGACGCACCUAGUUUUUGGAGGAGGAAAACAAGAAAAAAAAUAUUCUGAAUCUCAGAAGCCAGAACAGCAAGAGGGAUCGCUGCACAGUGAAAGCAGAAAUCCUUCUUGCUGUUCUGGCUUCUGGGAUAGCUGCGCAGCCUGCAUUCGCUCCAUAAGAUGCACACACAUUUCCCCUUACUUUUUAGGAGGGAAAAAGUGAGUCUUAUAGAGCAAAAAAUACGGUACAUGUUCAGGGACACUGAUGCUAAUUCUAAGUUCAGCAUCAAUGAAGAGCUACAUGAGAUGCUAACUUAGGUCCUGUGAGCUACUUCCAGUAUACAGCACUGGCCCUUGUUCCAUUGAGAAAACUGGACUGUGGGAGGGCAUGCUUUCUUUAGGCAGCUGCUGAAUCUUCCAGACUUUGCUUUCCUAUUCGGAACAAGCACAUCCACACAAGCUUGAGCUCCACAUUUAUCUCCAGUUGCCACACUGACUUUCUCUUUUCUUCCUCAAUUAGGCAGUCUGGUAAUCCCGCCAUCAGCAACAGGCGAUCGCCUCCCCCAUCACUAGGUAAAACCUUAAACAGGGUUGAGUGUCUGCUGUGUUUCUGUGGGAGUGCCGAAUGCAACUGCCUGAGAAACUUAGCUUUUAUUAAACCACAGAAGCAAGAUCCUAGCCCUUAUGAUAUGCUUGAAAACGACUGGUGAAAUCUUAGCAUGUUUUUGCAGACAGAAAAGCAAAGCAAAAACACCCACCCACACUUUUGUUUGAAACAAUUCUGGUUUGGUUUGGUUUAUUUAUUUCUUAAAUUUGAUAUACUACUUGUUUGUAAGGGAAAAAACCUCAAAGAAAUUUACAAAAAGAACAAAACAAUAAAAUUAUCAAUAUAAACAGUUUGAAACAGCUGUUUGAAACAUUCAGAAAAUAAUGAAAAUCAACAAUAAGCUAAAAGCAGAUUAAAACACGUAUCAGCAUUCUACAUAUUUGGGUAGACUUGCCUAAACAUGAAUGUUUUUAGCAGGCACCAAAAAGUGAAGGUACUUGCCAGGUGAAAAAUUUCUGACUAAAUAUACUGUGCUGAAGCCAGAUGCUAGUGUCAAAUUGCACCACCUGCUGGAGCCAAAAAGAUUUUUUCUUGUCUUGAGAAUUUCACGUGUGGCAAGGGGAAGGCUCCUUGCAUAUGCUCAAAGACACCCUUUGAAGAUAUUGUAGUAGAAGAGGCAUUUCACCUAUGCCAGCUCUUUCUCCCCCUUGAGAAACAGAGAGAGACCAAAAAGAUCUUGCUGGGGGGGUAGUUAGACAGGCAGUGCCAAAAGGGAAGAGCUGCCUCUCUCUGCCUGAACCUACCCAGACCUUGCAUUUGUCAGCCUAGGCCAGGGGUCAGCAAACUAAGGCCCGGGGGCCAAAUCAGGCCCAAUUGCCUUCAGGAUCCGGACCACGGACUGUCCGUGGAUUGGCAUGAGGAUUCUGUUUGUUUGGGCUGCCCGUGCCAUUCCAUCCCGCCCCCCCCCCACCACGGUGGUGGCGCCUCCUCCCUCCCUCCUCCUGGCUUCUCCCUGCCCUGCCUAGAGGAGGAAGGGAGCUGGGCUGAGCUGGCUGAGCGCCAUUUUAAGCAGCCCCUCUCCGGAGCCAGCCCUUUCGCGCCACUCAUCUCCCCUCCGCCGCUGUCCUGGUGCUCCUAUGGGCCAGUAAGCUGAGCGGACAAGCUCCUUCUGCCUACCCACGAGAAGUAGCGGCAGUGGUGGUGGCAGCCCUUGGGAAGAUAAGCGCAGCGGCUGGGGUUGGGGGUUUGGGAGGAGGACUACUUGCCCCCCUCGCCUCUUCUUCCAGCUCCCCCCCACCGGGUGCCACUUCUCCUGCCCACCACAAGGUUUGAGGGACGGUGGACCAGCCCGUGGCUAAAAUCUUUGCCGACUUCUGGCUAGGCCCUUAUUUGUGUGCCCCUCCCUCGGAGGGAAGUGUAGAGGGCAGCAACAGGAGAAUGGUCCUUCUCAGUAGUGGAUCCCUGACCAUAGAAUGUUCUCCCUAGAGAGAUGAACCAGGCGACAUCACUAUCAGCUUUUUAGGUGCCAGGCAAAGAGGGGGACUUACUGGUUGGUUGGUUCUUGUUCUGGUUUUUAUCAUGUAUUUUCUACUUUUAUAUUUUAUUUUUAUGUUGUGAACUGCCCUGAGAUCUGUGGAUGAAGGGUAGUAUACAAAUUUAAUAAUUAAAAAAAUAUAAAAUUCCUCUACAUCCAGACAUUGAGCUUUGAAUUGGGCUUAUACAGUGUGAUGAUUCCCCUAGCCUGCAUUGGGGCUCUCUUUUAAUAGGGUGGAGUGGGAGAUGUCCUUAUGCAAUUUCUGGACAGGCUCUUUGAGUCUGUAAUUUUCUUUUAGCUUUUUGGUGUGUUUUCACUUUUGUAUUAUUGUGCGCUUUUAUCAUUGUAAGUCGCUUUGAGACAUGUAGUAAGCGACGAAUAAAUGCGACAAAUAAAUAAUGCCAAGUAAAACAAGAGCACCGGAUUCUCACUGCAGGCGGGGAAAGAUAGAUAGUGUUGCCAACCACACUCGAAGCUGAAAGAACAGAGAAUUGCAGUCAAAGAGGGAAACACAGCAAUGCAUCCAUUUGUCUGGAUUUCACUUUCCUUAGCACAAAAUUUGGAUGCAAUGCCCUGAGCACGAAAUGUUAAAUGCUUUUAAUGUCAUACGUGCAUAAGCCACUGCUGACUUCAAAUGUAUCCCUUUAAGACAAAUUGGCCUAGGCCAGUGAUGGCCAAACUUGGCCUUCCAGCUGUUUUGGGACUGCAAUUCCCAUCAUCCCUGACACUGGUCCUGUUAGCUAGGGAUGAUGGGAGUUGUAGUCCCAAAUCAGCUGGAGGGACAAGUUUGGCCAUGCCUGGCCUAGGCUUACUUUGUCCCUGCCCUGUCACAUGAUUUGGCAAAUCAGAGGUUGUUUCAGGGUUGCAUAACCGGUGCCACACUGGGUGCCGUGCUUCAGGGGGUGCCACAACAGUGAGGCCAGAGGUGCCUUGCGAGAGUGAGGCCGGGGGAGAAGGGGAAACAGGAAGGCAGUCAACCACCCACCCCAGUUCCAACUCCCAAGGGAUUAAAGCUCUUAAACUGCAGGGCCCCUUGUCCUCUGUGUAGUCUUGUUCAUUUGCUGAUACUUCACUGUUGACAACCCCGUAUUUUCUUUUCCCCCCAACAAGCCAAACAGAAGCAAAAGCAGGUAAGGACUCAAUGCUGGGAUGACCCUCUUCUCUGCUGUGUCUUUUCCCUGCUAGCCAGUCCUACAAGCGGAGGACGGGGUGAACUAUGAGGCCAUCCUGUCCAAGGCUGCACUUCCAGUAUGCCUCUAAACCACAUUCGAAACACAUUUCCCCCCUCAGAGAAUUCUGGGCACUGUAGUUCACCUCUGAGUUACAAUUCCCAGCAAUCCUUGACAAACUACAGUGCCCAGAAUUCUUUGAGGGCCCCCCGCGGAAUGUGCUUCCAAUGUGCUUUGCACAUACAUGUGUAUGCAACCUAACUUUGAACAGAGUGGAUUUCAUGCUAGAAUGGCAUUCGAGGUGGAGCUGCCUUUGGCUGGAGCAGCCUGCAGUGAUGGGGGUCUUCCCCCCUUACAGGGCCACCUCAAUGUGUGCUGGGGGGCAUUUUGCCCCAUGUAGACCAGGAUUCAAAGGCAGCAGGCUUUUUAACCUGUUUUGAUUGGGCUUCCUCCCCAUGCUUAGCAUAAAAAUGUGAGAGGAGAAGGCUGGUGGCCCGGGUGUCCACAGGAAGGAGGGGACAAUUGCUGUCCCUAGUUUAGCCAUAAUUCCUUGAUUCCCAGCUUUCAUUUAAAAGGGGGGAGUAAAGGUUCUAUUCUUCCCAUUUUUUGGUGAGAAACUAGCUUGCUCUCCCCUUUCAGUGUUUUACUCCCUGCCACCCAGAAAAAUGCCCACAUGUAGCGGUUUGGGUGGCUGCUGUGGGCGCAGUAGGAGGUGGCAGUGUAGGGCAGAGAAGAGGGGCUGGGGCUGAGCAGGUGAGGCCAUUUCCUGUUGCAAGGAGUUCGUAGCUUGUUGAUACUGAUAUGAUAUUGUAGCAAAGCAAAAGGGAUAUAGGGGUGGUAUCUGAUAUCUCAUCAUCCAUUGGGAUCGCGUAUAUGCGUUUCCGGUUGAAAUGGAGAGAGCCCCCACUUUGUCAUUACUGCUCUCCUUUCUCCUACUUUCUGGGCUGCAGAGGAAGGGAAAAGCCAUUUUGUGACACACCCUCCUUUUUACAGACAGAGCACAUCCCACCUUACGAUGUCGUGCCCUCCAUGAGGCCGGUGGUGCUGGUGGGGCCAUCCCUGAAAGGAUAUGAGGUAUGGGAACGUGGAAGGGACAAAACUCUGCCCCAAACCCACAUUCUGAAAUAUGGCUGUAGCCAGUGCAUUUUUGGUAGGGGCGGGGGGAAGACGAGCUGCCAAUACUCGUAUAUUCCUAAAAGUGCUGCGGGUACCAGCAUAAAAUAGCUCCCAUGUCACAAAAAAAUUCCUGGCUGUGGUAGUCAUUUGACCAGCACCGCUGCCCUCUUGCCCUCUGUCCUUUCUUUUCAGGUGACAGACAUGAUGCAGAAAGCUCUCUUUGACUUUCUCAAGCACAGAUUUGAUGGCAGGUAGGGCACUAUUCUGAAAUGAAGAGCAAUUUCGACCCCCACCUGUUGCCUGGUUCCUGUGCCACUAGCGAGUGUUGGGUAAUGGUCUUGUCGCCUGUCAUCCUGUCUUUCAGAAUCUCCAUCACACGGGUCACAGCUGACUUGUCACUGGCCAAGCGCUCAGUGCUGAACAACCCAGGCAAGCGGGCCAUCAUUGAGCGAUCCACAACCCGGUCCAGUAUCGGUGAGUCCCAGCAGGUCCCAUAAGGGCAACGGGAGUUGGCAGGCGAGCAGCUUGUCUGGCAUAGCCAUGGCGUUCGUUGGUCUUGCAUCCCAGAUUCCCUGCUUAUAGAAAAUGAGUGUGCCAGGGAGAAAGGUCAUCUAGAUUUUCCUCUUGGUGUGGGUAGGUCUCAAGCAACGCUCUUGGAUGCAAAUUGUGCAAGUUUCUAAGCAGAAUUCACAGCACUGUUUCCUUCACAGCCACCUCCUGCUCUUUCUUUGUGCUCACCCAUCAGUAGAUUUCAGGGUCCUGCUUUGAAAGGCCGCAAUCCACAGAGGGCCCUGGGUGCAAGCUCCCUGAAAGCAUACAGGCUUCGCUCUUCAAGGAUUCAGAAAUGCCUGCAGAAACUAUUAACUUUAAAACUUUGGGGGGGGGGGGGAGAUCAUUUUGGUUUGUGUAUAUGUUGCUGUCAUGCUCUCAUUGCUCGUCUGAGCACAACAGGGGAAACACAGUUUUAAAAUCUCCUGGGCAGAGACCAGACCUUCUAUGUAUCCCUAUUGGUAACAGGCUGAAGCUCAGUGGUAGAGCCUCUGCUUUGCACACAGAAGGCUCCAGGUUCAACCCCGGCAUCUCCAGGUGGGGCUAAGAAUUACUGUAUUUUUCGCUCUAUAGGACGCACCGGACCAUAGGAGGGGGAGAACAGGGAAAAAAAUUCUCCCCCUCUCUGCUCAGCGCCCCUUCAGCGAAGCGGCAGGAGAAAUGGAGCCCCUUACAUUUUUCCUCCUGCUUCGCUGAAGGGGCGCUGCGCAGAGAGGGAAAGCUCCAGCGAAGCGAAGCCUGGAGAGCAAGAGCGAUCGGUGUGCACUGACCCCUCUUGCUCUCCAGGCUUCAGGCGGCUAUCUGCAAGCCUUCGAAGCACAGCGGGAACUCCUGCUGCGCUCCGAAGGCUUGCAGAUAGCUGCCUGAAGCCCCCGGAGCACAGUGGGAGUUCCCUGCGCUCCGGGGGCUUCAGGCGGCUUCAGCGAAAGCAACGCUAAGCCUCCGGAGCGUGGGAGGAGCUCUCCCUCUGCGCUUCGGAGGCUUUGUGAUGCUAUUGCUGAAGCCAAGGAGCCUGCAUUCGCUCCAUAGGAUGCACACACAUUUCCCCUUCAUUUUUGGAGGGGGAAAAGUGCGUCCUAUAGAGCGAAAAAUAUGGUAUCUGCUUGUCUGAAACCCUGGAGAGCCACUGCCAGUCAAUGCAGACGGCACUGAGCUAGAUUAUCUGUGAAGUGCCCUAAUGCUGUUUUCUUGCACGAUAUCUGUGCAGUUAUAGUUGCGCAUGUGGGAAUGUGCUUGCGCAGAAUGCAGACACAGUGUGAAAGCGUCAUGUGGCUGCAUCUCAGUGUCACCCUGUAAAAAUGAGUAACAUUAGCAGAAUUAAAGGUGUUUUUCCCCUCCUUACGUUGACAUUGUACUAUAAAACUGGAUCCUGUCAGUUCACCUGAAGCAGCCUCCUCCUUCUCCUUGAAUGUACCCGGUGUCUUGCAUUUCACCGCUUCCUGCAGGAGGCAACACACUGCUGUUAUUUAUAUACCUCUCACAGCAUUUUCAGAAUGGGUUCCUGCUCAUUUCCCAAGCUUGCGGGGAAGGGUAAUAAUAAUCUCAAAGACCCACCAAGUCUGAAAAGGGACAAUUAUUCUUUUAGAAACUGGUUUCUAAGUGGGAUAGUUAUUUAUCUCAUUUUCACUUCUGGAAAACAGGUUUUGCAGGGCAUUGUAUGGCAUAAAAAAACCCUGCACAAUUUGCUUGACUAGAAGCAAUAGUGGGACAAUAUAAUAAUGAAUGAACCAUGCAUUUAUAUAGUGCUUUCAAAUGCCCAAAACACUUCAGAUGUGUUACCUUGUACUCCUUGCAAAACCCCUGUAGGACAGGUCAAUAGAAUUGCAGAUAAAGGCUGGGAGAAAGUAGCAAACCUUCCCAAUGUCACCUGAUUAGUCCUUGGCAGAUUGGAGGAUUUGAAAUAAGGAAGUUCUGGAGUGUAGCUUCCUGUCCCUUACAGGGCAGUCCUAUACUUGUCUACUCAGAAGCUCUGUCCUGCUGAGUUUAAUCGGACUUACUCCCAGCUAGGAUUACAUGUGAUUGACUCCCAUCAUCUGGAGGGCCACAAGCUCCUGUCCCUGCGCUGCACCCAGAGAAAGGCCCUGCCAUUGGACAGAGUGAGGAAGCUGGCUAAGGCAGUAGAUACUGCUGUGACAAUGCCCAAAUGAUGAGAGGACAGAGCUGUGUCCUCUGAACCUAGCCUGCCAUCCUGCUAUCCUAACUGAAACUUUCACCAAUGCUACAUCCCAGAUACUUAGGGUCUAGAGACCUGAACAGGCAAUUAUAAAUCCUUUUAGAAACAAGAAGGAAGCUUACCAUAAGUAGUUCUUCCAGCCUACAGUAAAAACUGUAGUUUCAAAGGUGGUGAGGAGCUGUGGAGGUGAGACUCAAGGGAGGCAAGUGUGUGUGGAUGCCAGAGAGAUGCCUGAGGAAGGAGGCAGACACAGCCUUCUUUCCUGCCUAUUCAAAGGGGCAUCCAGCCAACUGUCCUUCUGCUUCCUUCGCAGCUGAAGUCCAGAGCGAGAUUGAGCGAAUUUUUGAACUGGCCAAGUCGCUGCAGCUGGUUGUGUUGGAUGCGGACACCAUCAACCACCCAGCACAACUGGCCAAAACUUCGCUGGCCCCAAUCAUCGUCUACGUCAAGGUCUCUUCCCCAAAGGUAAGCAGGGGAGGAAAAGGCUCCUCAGAGACAAAGGGGAUUCCUCUGAAUCAUUCUCAGUUUUUCUGAAGCCCCUUUCAGCUCUCCCAGCUGUGUUUUCUGCUAUCCCCUAGUUUUGCAGUGGGAGAUGGAUUCCUCCCGUCUCUAGGCUGUUCCCUAGCUCACUAGGUAAGCUGGUUUCUGCUUAGUUUAAUUUAUGCCCACCCCACGUUUUCUUGAAUGGGCAGGACCAUGUUCAAAACAGGGACAGGAGCUUUGGGCCCCACGGAUGUCGAAUAUUAAGCUCUCCCCAUCCCUGACUAUUGGGCAUGCUGGCUGGAGCUGAAGUCCAGCAAUGUUUGGAGGGCAGCAGGUCCCACAGUCCUGUUUUAAAACCUUACCAAAAGAGUUAUAUAUACCCCCUCCCUGAAAUCACAAAUUUGCAAAGUUAGCGUUUCAGCUCAGGGUUUGGUUUCCACUAGGACAGCCAGAUUGCAACUCAGAGAUUCACCACCGCUGCACCCAGUUACCUUGAAACCCAACUCUGACUCUGCAUGUUGUUGAGAAGGAAUCCAGCUGUGCUGCCCAACAGGUGCCAGUGGGCGAACUGGGCAGUGAAGUGGCAGCAGCACUCGAUUUAAGGCUGUGUGGCUGCUUCCCCCCCACAGGGCGCUGAACUGAGAGGUGCAAAAUUAUCAUCAUCAUCAUUAAUAUACCUAUAUUAAUACUGGUACCUACUCAAAGUACCAAAAGGAAUUAUUGUGAAAAUAAGAAACUUGAGGUGGGGGCACCGCAUUUUCUCCUCACACAGGACGCCAUAUUACCAAAGUCCACUCCUGGUGGCAGGUGAGGAGAGAAAGUUGCUGCUCUCUUACUCUGGAUAUGUGAAGAUACAGGGGAGGUCCCUGGCCACUCUAAUUCCAGCUGCUGGGCCAAAGAAAAACACAAGGUUGGCUCACUUUCCACACCGGCGCACAACCCUUUUACCUUUACUAUACACAGAAGGUCUUCUCUUUAACCAAGCUGGUUGCCCAAGUCGAGCUUCGUGCUGUAGGGGACGGCAGCAAUAGUACAUGGGAAAUGUGUGUUUGGAUUUCCUGGUGUUUUCUUUUUUUUCAUAUGAGGUUCACUUGUUGGGCGGCCGUGGCAACGGCGGGAACUUUCUCAUUGAAAAUGUCAGUGUCAGGUGACCCAUGUAGCAUGCAGUCUUCCCAUGGGAGUGUGUGGGAUUAAUGGUACUCCCAUAAACCAUUUAGGAUUACAGGAAGUGUCAUAGCUCAGUGGGAGAGCAGCUGCUCUGCAUGCAGAAGGUUCCUGGUUCAAUUCCACGCAUCUCCCUGUCUGAAAGCCUGGGCUUCCCUGCUGCCUCUUCUAGCCCCAUGGCUCUGCCAGUCGGUGGCUUCAUAUGUUUUAGGAGCUGCAGAGGUGGAGGGAGGAGGCUGAGAGAGACCAUGUGAUAGUUUCAUAGUAAAUUCUGCUUCACAGCUCAGUCAUCUCAGCCAAUGCACCCCUCCCGCCCACUUUAGGUGGCCUGCUGGGAGCCUUCCAGCUCUGUAGCUGUGUCCUCUUCUAAUUUUAUUUUUUUCUGGAAGGUGCUGCAGAGGCUUAUCAAGUCCAGAGGGAAGUCACAAGUGAAGCAUCUCAACGUGCAGAUGAUGGCAGCUGACAAGCUUGUGCAGUGUCCUCCAGUGAGUUUCUCUGUCUGUCUGUGUCUCUGUGUGACAUGCCUCUGCCUUGCCCUGGGCUCUGUCUGGCUCUUCACUUUCCUUCUGUGCCUCCUGUAACUUUGACUUCCUCCACUCGGCACCUCCUGGUCCUCUCUUAAUGGCAGAAGGAACCCCAGGCAAGUGCUUUCGCCAUCGAUGGCCACACUCUGUCUUUUAAGAAACUGAUGUGAAGUCGUCUCAUAUGGUAAAACGUGCCUUUGAGCAUGUGCAGAGCGCAUUUCCCACGCCCCUGAGCAACCUGAAUCUGGCCUUAUGUGUUUAGAAUUCAGGAACAUCCUUCCAGGACAAGUGGCAGAGAUUCCUUUGCAGAGCUUUUUCGUCUAGAAAUUAAGAAGUGCUCCUGCCUCAUUUAACAAACAACCUUAAGAUUGCAGUCCCUCAUCCUGAAAUUAGGGGGAAAACAUUUAAAGGUUGGAGCUGAUGGUGGCACUUCUGUGCCUCUGCUAUACACCAUGCCAAGCCGCCCGGUACUUGCUUACAUUCUCCACGCAACACUACAAGCCUCAUAUUCCUCCCUGCCCACUUCUCUGCUCUCUGUGCCUGGGUCUCUGAGGAACUGAUCCCUUUCCCUCCCUCUUCUCACCCUUGCGCCUCAUCCCUUUCCCCCAAGGAACUCUUUGAUGUGAUCCUGGACGAGAACCAGCUGGAGGAUGCUUGUGAACACCUGGCAGACUACCUGGAAGUAUACUGGCGGGCAACUCACCACCCUGCGCAUGCUGCCGGCGGCCAAAACCUCACCACACCUUCGACUGCCAUUCCAGGCCUGCAGGUACAAAUAACCUAACAAUUGGGGCAGGGGCGGGCAGCUGUGGUCCUCCAGGUGUUGGGACUGCAAGUCCCAUAAUCUCUGACUGUUGAUUCUGAUGGGAAAAAUUGCUGAGAGGGGGCGGGUUAGGGCAGAAGCCUCAACCCAGGCCAAAUAAAAUAAGUCACCCUUAAGUGCCACUGGAACUAGCUGUGCGAGAUGCAACACAAUUCCAUACCCAGUGGGAAUUGCUUCCUGGUACGUUGGCUCAGGGUUGCCAUUUUUAGUUUGAAUUGUUUCAAUGGGAUUUAAGUGUGAGUGACUGUAACUGUCUCAUGGGUCCUGCCCAGACGCGCUAUGCGCCCCCAGAUGGCGCUGUCUCCUUGGGUGCUUUUUGUGACCCGCUUUACGGUUCCCCACUCCAGAACCAGGCCUCGCUGGGCGAGCGCGGCAACGAACGCUCCCCGGUGGAGCACGACAGCCUGAUGCAGUCGGACGAGGCGAGCGACGCCUCCCGCAAGACUUGGACGGCGGCCUCUCAGCGCAGCUCCCGGCACCUGGAGGAAGAGUACUCGGAUGCCUACACUGACCUGUACCAGCCUCACCGCAACCACAACAGCGGCCUCCACAGCACCAACGGCCACGACUCCCAGGACCGCCUCCUGGAGCGCGAGACAGAGCACAACCACAACGAGAGGAACUGGCAGCGCAACCGGCCCUGGGCUAAGGACAGCUACUGA